AUGUCUCCAAAAGUCACAAUAACACACCUAUCCGACCUAACACCCCCCUCUCAAGAACGAACCUGGCUCACAGCCCCGCACCCCACCCUCCCCAUAGUUGCAACCUGCAGUUCAGACAAGACCAUCCGAGUCUACUCCCUCACAAAUUUCACCCUCCUUUCCACAAUCACCGGUGGCCACAAGCGCUCCGUCCGCACAGCAGCAUGGAAGCCACACAUGACGGGGGAGUCUGUGCUCGCGACGGGCAGUUUCGACGCAACAGUCGGAAUCUGGCGGCGGUGGGAUAGCUACGGACAAGAAGACGGCGUCAGUCUUGGGAUGAACAGUAUCGAUAAACAGACUGCAACCGAUACUUUGACGGAAGCUCCCAACGGCACCGGUACCGGUACCGGUACCGACAGCCCAGACCGCGAAGAAGACGAAGAAGAAUGGCGGUUCGCCGUCCUUCUCGACGGUCACGACAGCGAAGUCAAGUCCGUCUCAUGGUCUGCGUCGGGGAUGCUGCUUGCGACGUGCUCACGCGACAAGUCGAUUUGGAUCUGGGAGGAUCUCGACGACGGCGAUAACAACUUCGAGACCGUUGCUGUGAUGCAGGAGCACGGGGGCGAUGUGAAGUGUGUUUCAUGGCAUCCUUCGGAAGAAUGUCUUGCGAGCGGGAGCUACGACGAUACCAUCCGGUUGUGGCGGGAGGAUCUGGAUGAUUGGGGCCAGGUAGCCUGUAUCAAGGGGCAUGGGGGGACAGUUUGGUUUUUGGAUUGGGAGGGAGAAGAAGCAGAGGGGAAAUGGAACGGGCCUAUCUGUGAAUCUGAAUCUGUUUCCGAGUCUGAGAUGAGCGCUUUACAAGCUCAGUGGCGUUCCCAGAGAGCACUUUCUGGUCCACGUCUUCUCUCCUGCUCGGAUGACUGCACUGUACGCGUGUGGCGACGCCAGCCGAAGGAAUCGCAGCAGACGGGGGCGCUGUCUUCUGCCGCGACGGGCAUCCCGAGUAUCAUCCGGCCUACUGGGACGGAUGAGGUUUGGGAGGAAGAUGCUGUGCUCCCGCAUGCGCAUGAACUGCCUGUUUAUGCUGUUGCGUGGAGUAAGCGGAGUGGCCUUGUUGCUUCGACUAGUGCGGAUGGACGGAUUGCAAUUUAUGAAGAGCGCUUUGUUACGUCGGAGCGGGAGCAGCAGGGUGAUCCAGAUGCUAUGGAUACUAGUACUACGUCUGGUGAUGUGCUGCGAACGGAGUGGGUGCUUGUUGGUGUUCAUGAUGGAGCGCAUGGAAUUUACGAGAUUAACCAUGUUGCUUGGACCAAGAGGGCGGAUCGGGGAUGUGGUGGUGAGGAGGAGGUGCUUGUUUCAACGGCUGAUGAUGGGAGCGUCAAGGUUUGGACUGUGACGCGGUGA